CAAAUACAUACGCAUGCGAUUGUUGCAUGUCUUAAGCAUUUAAACAGGGGACGGAUAGUGUUACAAAGUUAUAUACGUGCACAAAUAUAAUCGAAUAGGUGAUACGUAUAUCCUGGAAAUGGUAUGGUCCAUUUGAUAAACAAUAAAGAACUACUAUAGGAAAGACGGAAUGAUGAAGAUGACAGGUGGAACGACCAUGAUUGCAUUCACAACACUUCUUCUGACAUUAAAAUCGAAUCGCACUUGUUAUACGCAUAUCCAGGAAACGGCAAGGUAUAUUGGAUAAACAAUUUAGAACUACUCUAUGAAAGACAGAAUGAUGAAGGUGACAAGCGGAUCAACUAUUAUUGCAUUAACAACAACUAUUCUGAUAUUAAUUGUCCAGGGGCGGUGCCAGGAAUGUGAAGAAGGACGAUAUGGUAAUCUUUGUAAUGUAACUUGUGGGCAACACUGUUUAAAUAAUAGAUGCAACCAAGACGAUGGGUCAUGUACAUGUGAAAAAGAUUACAAGUUUAAAUGUGGCAAUUGUAUUCUUAUGACUUGUCCAGCUAAUUGCUCAACAUGUACUUCAUUAGAUAAAUGUGACACGUGCGUUGAUACAUACUAUUAUGGAGAAACAUGUGAACAUGAAUGUAGUCAUUGUAAGAAAGGAACAAACUGUGGCAAAACUGACAAAACUGUUGGAGUGAAUGUGCUGAUGGUCUCACUGGCCAUUUUUGUGAUAGCCCUUGUUACGCAGGAUGUGAAACAUGUACAAAAAUAAAUGCUAAUAUAUGUUCAUCUUGUAAUACUGGAAGGUAUGGCAAGGACAAACAGUACUUAACCUGCAAUAACCAUUGCAAUAAUAACUGUGCAAACAACUCGUGCAACGCUUGGUACGGUCGAUGUAUCAAAGGUUGUAUGAAUAGAUACAAAGGAUAUAAUUGUACCGAUACAUGCACAGGACAUUGUUUGAACAAAACAUGUCAACAGUACAAUGGUUCAUGUGUUCACGGAUGUGAUGACAGAUUUUAUGGCCGUAAAUGUUUUUAUACAUGUAAAAGCGUUGGCUCGAACUGUCUCGUUUGUACUUCAAAUGGAAACAAAUUCAGUUCCUGUACACGGUGCAUUAAUGGGUCAUACCCAGGUUCCAGCGGGAAGUGCGUUCCAUGUAAACCGAAUUGUUCUGGAGGAUGUAACUCAUCCACGGGAGUAUGUUAUGCAUGUGUAGAUGGAUAUAGCUGGUCGUUCUGUAACGUUUCCUGCACAACGAAUUGUAAAUCCUGCCUUCAGAGUAACGAUCAAUGCAAUGUUUGCAAAGAGGAGUUUUGGGGAAGUGACUGCUUUAACAAUUGCAGCACAAACUGUAAACACGGGAAUGAUUCAAUAUCCACCUGUGAUAUAAAUUCCGGGAAUUGCAAACAUGGGUGCCUACCUGAAACACAUGGAUUACAAUGUUCUAUUCCGUGUGACAAGCAUUGCCUCACUUCUGAAGGUGGGGUUCGUGAGUGCAACCAAAUGGAUGGUCAGUGUAGAUUAGGAUGUGAGAAUGAGUACACACAGACACACACAGGAUGCAUUGAUGCAUCCGUCGGAGACCAAAUUCAUCACAAUGGUGGCGCCGGUGAUGGAACGUCUGGAUCAGUUAUAGGUGGCGCUAUUGGUGGAACGUCUGGAUCAGUUAUAGGUGUCGCUAUUGGUGGUGUUCUCACCCUUCUUACAGUUGCCCUCGGAAUCGGGCUUUGCAUCCUGAUUAGGAGAAGAAGAGAGGACAGCACCGACGGCCCUGAGACAGACACGGCAGAGAAAAACAGCGUAGUCUACCAGAACACGAGUGCUUCUGCCAGUAUUUACAAUGAACUCAACGAUAAAACGGGUGAAGUGAAACCUAGCAAAGCGCAUGAAAACAAUUCUAAAGAGACACCUACGACUUCAACUAAUGACAACAAACUGGAUCGUGCCUCCGACUAAAAAUUGUUGGUUACAAGAGCAACGGUACAACCAAAGACAAAGCAGUUAAUACCAUCAGCAGGAAAAUCUAAAGAUUUGGAAAACAACGCGAAAUGCAAAACACAUGUCGAAGAUGCGUCCAAAGACAUAUUACAGGACAAAGACACCGAUGAUAUGUAUUACAAUCUAAAUAAGGUUGCUGUCAAAGACCUUGGAGCUUUUGUGGCUGCCAAAGACAAGUCAUAUUACCUUGAUGUGAGCGGGUUUUAAAGAACUUUAGGACAGUUACUUUAGGUUUAUAUUGGGCUUUAUAAACAGGUUAUCAUGCGAUUAAUGUGAGUUUACUAUAACCUAUAUCAAGUUACAGAUUUGUUCUUAGGAUAAAGAGGACAUGACAGUCCAACAUUUUCAUUUCACCAGCUGGCCGGACAAAGGGGUCCCCGAUGAUGUAACUUCCCUGGUCGAUUUCCGUCACUGGGUUUUACAAACAAAAUCGCCACUUUGUGGACCUACAAUCGUUCACCGCAGUGCUGGCGUUGGCAGGACGGGAACGUACAUAGCUAUGGACUUGUUGACAAAAGAGGGCGAAGCGGAAGGAUCCGUUGACAUACAUGGUUGUGUCACCAAUCUCAGACAUUGUCGUACACGUAUGAUCCAAACGGCUGAUCAAUAUGCCUUUCUCCACCACGCAAUUGUUCACACGUUAGCGUUUGACAGUAAACCCGUUCAAACGGAGAGCUUUGCGACCUACAUAUCGGACUCGGAGAACGAACAUAGGCUAAUCAAACAAUUCAAGCAACUGGAGAUUACCAUGGAAAGAUCUGAAGAGGAGCAACAAGCAUCUGAAAGAAAUUCGGCCUUAACAAAGUCCAACAGGGAGGGCGCUGACAUUCCAGGUUACAAUAUUUAGUGGCCUUUACUGUUUAUGAAGCAUCUUUGUGAAAAUGGCCAACUUCCAAUAUGCAUUUAUUUAUUCGGUCAUUUGACACUAAGUUAGAAAUAUAACCUAAUAUUCUAUCUAAAAUCGACUCAAACGUGUUAAAUCGUUUGCAGAUGUUUACUUCCACUUGAUCAUUGUGUUUUGCUAAACAAAAUAAAUAUUUAUGUUUAUUUAUGAGUGCUUCUUUUUUCAGGUAACUUUGUCGCGUAAUGCCACCGCUCACUUAACUUUCGUGAUAGUUCGUUCAGUAACCAACCAACAACUGUUCAAGUGUUCUAAGUCUUUAUUGUUCACCGUUCUUUCUAAGUAUAAUAAUCAGUAUAUAAUACAGCAUGACAUUUAAGGUAAUCCCACAUCCUAGCUGCCGUCCAUUAAGGACCCAAGGCCGGUCUCCUUGCCGUGCCUAACCUAACUCCAACUCUCUCUACAUUAAAACAUGCGUUCAUAUAUACUGCUGAUUUCGUCUAGUUUGUGACAGGUGUGCAUAUCUAAUUUCUUGUUAUAUACAAAAAGAUGUAUUCUACAGUCAUGAACUGUCACGCUAAUUGGUCUAAUAGCCAGCGGCUAUCACGAACUGUCAGCAUCUAAGUAAAUCUACAUUUGAUCACCAUGAUGAAGUAUUUGCUUUUUUUGUUACAAAUAAACUUUAAAUUCUACUAUUGAUUUUAGUUAUUACUUUAAAGUGUUUCAUACGUAACUUUUAUAUUACGUGACACUUUAAAGUGUUUAUACUACGUUACGCGACAACUUGUACAGACCUAGGUUGCAUUUAGGUAAAGAACUAGGAAAUUAUUAUAUCAACGCCAUGUUUGUUAAUGUAAGCUUAACAAAUAUCUAUAUAAAACGUAUUUUAUUUUAAAAAUGUACGUUAUACAAAUCAAAUAUAAUGAUUAUGCUAAACGCUUAUUAAUAAAUCAAACAAGUGAUUAUGGUUUUAAAAAGCUAUACACAAAACAUACUUUUGCAUGUUUCCGUAAACAAUAUAUUUCCUCGAAAACAUAAAGGUAAUUGAUAAUUUUCAUAUAUAUAUCACGCCUCAAAUAUGAACGUUGCAGUGCCAUUGGGUAGGAUUGGUUAGGUUUUGCCCCGAUAUUGUUCCAAAGUGGUCACUUUGUUAUACCGUACCGAAAUGGCGUCCAUUUCCAAUUCCGAUAAAUGGAUUCCAGAUAAAUUUAUCAAUGUAUACAGUUUAUCGAAGUGAUUCAUACGUUACGGUUUAGUAGAAAACGGAUAUGGUUUCAUUUGCCCUGUAUACCCAAUAUAGGGUCAUGUUCUUCCCAGUAAUUUUCAAUACCGUAUCAGCUUCGAUUUUGUCAGUAUAUUACAGAAAAAAUCAUCUUUCCAGAGCUACAAACAACGGAGUCAAUUUGUU